CAUUCAGGAACUCGAUUCCGUCCUCUCUCUCUUCAGUUGCCCAAACCUCUUUUUCCAAUCGCUGGCGUUCCACUUGUGGAACACCAUAUUGAUCAACUUUCUCAGCUUCCUGGACUCUCUGAAAUUAUUUUGAUUGGUUCUUAUUCUUCCGAUCUUUUCACGGAUUUUAUUGACAGAUGUCAGCAGACUUACCGUAUUUCAAUAAAAUAUGCUCAGGAACAGCAACCUUUAGGUACUGCUGGCGGUUUAGUGGCGCACAAGGACACCAUUAUCGGGGAUUCACCUGAAGGGUUAUUUGUUAUCAAUGGUGAUGUAUGUGGAGACCUUCCUGUGGAUGAAAUGGUCACGCGUAUUGCUUCCUUACCCAGUGACAGCUGUCUGCUCCUGACAACGGAGGCUACUCGAGAGCAAAGUGGAAAUUUUGGAAAUGUAGUAAUCGACAGCAAUGGCCGUGUUGUGCAUUACGUGGACAAGCCCACGACAUUUGUUUCAACUCAUAUUUCUUGUGGAGUUUAUUUAAUGAAACCAAGCGUCAUCAUGGGACUGAAAGUCGAACCCGCGUGUAAUUUAUGGUUCGAGACAGACAUUUUUCCUCAAAUGGCAUGUAACGGAAAACUUUUUGCUUUGCAUACUACUCGUUGGUGGAGUCAGACGAAGACCGCAGCGUGA